ACCGAUUAGCCCUACGUCUUCUCUGUUUCAUAGUCUUUAAUUAAUUCUCUCUCCGUCGUCCCAGUGAUACAACAUCUUAGAGAAAUGAAAGUGCCGGCGGCGAGAAGAGGAGUUGAGAAGAAGGCGUAUGCAAGACCGAUACAUGAAGCCAUGUGCUAUCCAUUUUCGCAUUAUAAUUUAGCAAAAAAAUUAAUGUGGCGUGAUGGAAGUCGCUGGGAAACCAAGAGUCCGGCUUUACACAUGCUACAAUUGUUUCGGCAAAGAAAAUCAACAAAACUACAGUUUGCUGAUACGAAGAGCAAGCAAUCGAACGAGGAGGAUGUAGAGACUAAAGGAGACGAUACUUGUUGCAAGGGAGUGGAAGAGAUCAAUGACAUUGGCACCCCUACCCCUACCCCUACCCCUGCAGCUAACAUCAAUGGUAGACAGAGAUACAAUCUCAGGAGCGGGAGAACUCAUAAUAAAGAUGCUUUUAAGAGGAAAUCAUCAUCCGCUAAAAAGGGUUCACGAAAGGAGGGCAAGAAGAAAACUGUUUUGAAUAACGUCGUCGAUUCCGGGGAUGAUGGAACUAUGACUUGUUGUCAUAAUGUCCAACCCGUUAAUAUUGACGAAGCCGCCGCCAUAAGUUUUGAUGAUAUCGGUGGCUUGUCUCGGUGUGUAGAGGCGUUGAAGGAAAUGGUAUUUAUACCAUUAUUGUAUCCGACAUUUUUUACAAGUUUCCACAUUACUCCACCAAAAGGAGUUUUGUUGUGCGGUCCUCCUGGCACGGGAAAGACUUUGAUUGCGAGGUCAUUAGCGUCCGUUGCAUCCAAGGUAGCGGGGCAAAAGGUGCACUUCUAUAUGCGCAACGGCGCUGAUGUGCUGAGUAAAUGGGUCGGGGAAGCUGAAAAACAUUUGAAAUUGUUGUUCGAAGAAGCUCAAAGGAAUCAGCCUUGCAUCAUUUUUUUUGAUGAAAUUGAUGGACUUGCUCCAGCAAGGUCUGACAAACAGGAACAAAGUUACAAUUCUAUUGUCUCAACUUUACUCGCAUUAAUGGAUGGUCUAGAGUCAAGGGGGCAAGUAAUUUUAAUUGGAGCUACCAACAGAGUAGAUGAUAUUGAUGGAGCUUUGAGGCGUCCGGGGAGAUUCGACCGCGAGUUUUACAUCCCUCUGCCAAGUUGUGAAGGGCGUUGUGAGAUAUUGGACAUACAUACAAGAAAUUGGAAACAACCUCCUUCAAAGGAGUUAAGGUUGGAGCUUGCGGGGAGUUGCAUGGGAUACUGCGGUGCUGAUUUGAAGGCGUUAUGUACGGAGGCUGCCAUGCGUGCUUUUCGUGAAAAAUACCCUCAGGCUUAUGAUAUAAAGGGCAAAGCAUGUUCAAUUGAUGCGGAUUCCGUCCAUGUUGGAAAAUCCCAUUUUUUGGAGGCCAUGUCAGAAAUUAGACCGGCCAGUCAUCGAAGCGCCAAAGAUGUCGACUCUAGGCCAUUAUCAUCUAUUGUGUCUCCGUGUUUGAAGAGGCAGUUGAAGAGGUGUAUGGAUGUCGUUCUCGACAUCUUUCCCUUUUUAGUUGAGGCAAUUCCGGCUCCUCCAAUUUAUCGGCCUAAGCUACUCUUGGUCGGUGACGAUGUGGCAGCGCUGGAGCAUAUAUCCCUUGCUAUAUUGCAUCAAGUAGAGAGAUUUCCAGUGCACUCUCUGGCACUAGAAUCAUUGCUCUCUCAAGUGUCAAGCAGGGCCACACCGCAGGGGAAAAUGGAACAGGUUUUCAUUCAAGCUAAGAGAACAACACCGUCAGUAAUUUAUUUGCCCCGCCUUCACCAUUGGUGGGAAAAUGCUGAUGAUCAACUUCGGAUCCUACUGUGCUUGUUGGUGGAGAAACUGCCAUCGGAUAUGCCAAUACUAGUUUUGGGAACGUCAUCAAUCCCGCCUCUGCAGAUAUGCGAUCAACUCACUUCAAUAUUCUCUCAAGAUUUUGAUGUGCUGCAUCUAACUUCGUUAUCGGGUGAAGACAUAAGUUCAUUUUUGGACCAUACCAUAGAAGCGGCGUUACAAUUACAAGUUCAAGUUCAAGUUGCCGAUGAUGAUGAUGAUGAUGAGGACGAGAGUAGAGGGAAUUGCAGCAGCAUUCCGAGGAUCAAAGAGAUGCUUAUGGAACGUAUUAGAGCUUCGUCAUCGUCGUCGUCGUCGUGUUACGGAAUUUCAGAGCUUGAAAGACUUUACGCGCGCAUUUUGGGAGGAUUGUUCCGUCGCCCUCGCCCUCGCCCUCUCACCCGACAAAUGAUUUUGAGUUACUUGUUUCAUUUUGCUUCUCAACCCUCUAACUUGUACCUAAAUAUGAAUUACUGAUUGCUUCUUUGUAAGCUAGUCAGUCAAUAUUCAAACAUCAUUGCCAUUGCCACUUUAC